AGAUUUAGCUGCUUGUCUUCUUGUAACUUGAUGCAAGUCAUGUGUUAAGUACUUGUAUGUUCAGCUGAAAAGUCAGUUGCCCUUAUUCAAGCAGCUUCUCUCAGAAAGAUCCGUGAGUCUGUUGGGACUAAGAAGUGAGAAAAGACCUGUCAAGCCUUACAGCAAGGAUAUUUUUACAUUGUCUGCCUGGACCCUGACAAAGGAGAGGGAUGGGCUGUAACAGAAACUGUGGGCUCAUCACUGGGGCUGUGAUCAGUGGUAUUCUGGCUAUCUUUGGGGGAGCUCUGAUACCGAUUGGAGAUUACCUUAUAGGCAGAGCAAUAAAAAAGGAAGCUGUCAUUACAAAUGGUACCAUUGCUUAUGCCAACUGGGUUGUGCCAGGAACUUCAAUUUACAGGCAAUUUUGGAUUUUCCAUGUGCUAAAUCCUUCAGAAGUAUUAGAUGAAGGAGCACGUCCAAAACUUGAACAAAAAGGACCUUACACAUACAGAGUGAGAUAUUUACCCAAAGAAAAUAUCACGGAAAACGCUGAUGGCACAAUAUCCUACAUGUUGCCUAAUGUUGCUCGUUUUGAACCUGAUAUGUCUGUUGGGACAGAAAAUGAUACCUUCACAUGCCUCAACCUUGCAGUUGUUGCUGCACCUUCAAUGUAUCCAAGCGGUUUUGUACAGCUACUACUGAAUACUUGGAUUAAAUCUUCUAAAUCAUCCAUGCUGCAGAACAGAACAGUGAAAGAAUUACUGUGGGGGUAUAAAGAUCCCUUCUUAAACAAGGUCCCCUUCCCCUUGGACCCUGUUCUUGGAGUCUUCUACCCGUAUAAUGGGACAUUCGAUGGACUUUACAAAGUCUAUACUGGGAAAGAAGAUAUUACAAAAACAGCAGUAAUUGAAAGUUAUAAAAACAAAAGUGAUCUUUCAUACUGGGAAGGUAGCUGUGAUUUGGUUAAUGGCACAGAUGGGGCAUCAUUCCCACCAUUUGUUCAGAAGAGUCAGAUCCUGCGCUUCUUCUCCUCCGACAUCUGCAGAUCAAUCUAUGGAGUUUACCAGGGCAAGCAGAAUGUGAAGGGAAUCUCACUCUAUCGUUUCGCAGUUCCUCGUGAAGCAUUUGCAUCUCCCACUGAAGUUGCAGAUAAUUAUUGCUUCUGUACAGAUCAAGUCAUAUCCCAGAACUGCACGUUAGCUGGAGUCUUAGACAUCGGUGCCUGCAAAGCAGGAAGACCAGUCUAUAUCUCUCUUCCACAUUUUCUUCAUGCAAGUGAAUCUAUAUUGCACGAUGUUGAAGGCCUGAGCCCAGAUGAGAAGGAGCAUGAGACAUUUCUAGAUAUAGAGCCUACAACUGGUUUUACACUACAGUUUGCAAAAAGAUUGCAAGUAAACCUUCUUGUGAGGCCUACAUCAAAAAUUGAAGCUUUAUCAAAAGUUAAAAAACCUUAUGUUUUUCCUGUUCUUUGGCUAAAUGAGUCUGCUGUAAUUGGGGAUGAGAAAGCAGAAAUGUUCAGAAAGAAAGUCACAGGUCCAGUGGAGCUGCUGGGUGUGCUGCAGAUGGCGUUAAUGAUCGCAGGUUCCGUGCUGUUCAUCGCAUUCAUGGGUGCCUUUUUCAUAUGCAGUUCACAGAAAUUAAAAUAACUGACAAAAGACUUCAGAAGUAGACAAUGUUUAAUUGAAAUUCCAGCCAAGCAGGUGUUAAAAUUCAGAGACAAAAGGUAUGAUUCAAGGCACAGUAAGCCCACAUGCUAUGGAAUUCAACAUGCUUUUCCAUUUUGAGAAGAACAACUCACUAAACUGAAUAAGCCAAUGUUUCUGAAGGUCCACACUUCUGAUAUCACUUAAGAGGCUGCCAUGGAAACUAUGCUUUCAAAUAACUGAUUAUUUGAACCCUGCUACAAAUUUUAAAUAACACUCAAGCAGACUGAAGAUGAGGUGCAGUUGGAUUUUAGUUGGAUUUAUGCGACUUCCUACUUUUUUAUAUUGAGAUAUGCAAGACAAAUGAAAGCCUUUUGCUGAUGUUCUGUCUCUGAGCACAGACUGGGAAUGACAACACCUUUGAGCUCAUGCUGUGCUCUAGAUACUCUCAUUGCAAUUUUUCUUUCUGUUCCUUCAAGGAUUGGAAGCAAUAGAACUGCUCUGUCCUCUAUUCAGGGAUGUGAAUUGUGUUGAAUGUGAAGUUUAUUAUGUAAAGUUACUAACUGUAAUACAUGAUGUUAAUAAAAGACUUACUAAAAUAUGUGGUUUAUACAUUUUAUAUGGAGAUGACUUCUAGACACAUCACAAUCAUUUGUAUGUUGAUGGAACUCAUAAAAUUUGGCUCCACAGCUGUUAAGCAGCCUGAGCUACUCACUAACUCCCAACCUGCUCCACUGCUCUCACUGGUGCCUUCUGAGUGCUCUUCUUUCUGACUGUUGCUUCAACACCAUCCUCUGCUCUGCCCUAACCACACUUUGCCCAAAGCUUCCCUUCUGGAAUGAUCUCAAGUGUCCCCUUUAGGGUUGAGAUAAAAUAUUCCAGAAUGCUCCAGACACAGGAAGGACUGAGUUAAUGACUUUGAUCAAAUAUCAGAGGGUUCCACUUCCUUGCUAUAGAAGAACAUAAAUGAAAACAGGGUAGCCCCAUUUCUUUACUGAUAAACCAUCUGCCACAAAACAUUCUGUCCAACCAUUUCUUUACUGAGGUGCAUCAGCCUGUAGACAGGCAACAAACACUGCCAUCUGCAUAAAUAGUUUACUUUUUCAUUUAAUCUGAAUGCCAUAUGAAAUGAGAGUCAAUGGGGCACAUACUGAGUGUGGUGGAGUCUCUCCUUUUCCCAGGACUCUCUGAAUUCAGAAUGAGAGCCCAAGUUCAACAUUUUUUAAGAUUUCUUCUUGGAUCUUUUGUUUCCUUAAAUAAAAACUGCAAAGAAAAAGGGAGUUUAAAAAUGGACAACCUGUCAUAGCUUAAUGUUUGGAAAUAUUGCUGCAGUGGACUUGAAACCAGAAAGAUUUAUCUUGCGAGUAAAGGAUAGUAUCUUUUUGCAGGUAUCAUUGGUAUGGUGUUUGCACAAACCCAACAAACUGAAAUGCUGUUAUUCUAAUCCCAUAUUCCUUGUGGACAAAGUUGUGUAGCUAUGAGUAGGACCUAAUGAAUCAUGAAAUCCCAAGAGAUUAUUGAAGGCAAAGUCUAUUGAAGGCAAGGUCUAUGUGGUAUGUGGCCACACUCUCUUUUUCCAGCCAUGAGCUCUAAAUUCAAAGUAAGAGGGCAGGAGAUUUGAAGGACACAUGGCACUCAAGGGAAGAUCUGCUCUCACUUAAAGAGCCAAUGCCUAUGAUUACUCAUGGUGCUUGCUAGUCAAGGAAAAAUAAGACCUUUCUCUCAUCUCUACAUUAUUGCUGCUGUCAUAUGUGAUGCUCUGUUCUCAUAUUAAUCUGGGGACAGUCUGACACAAAUUAAGUCCUCCUAUGGCCUGGUCAAAAAAAGUGUUAGGACCACAAGUCACCUUUUCCUCUGAAAUACACACAGGUCUGCUGUGUUUCAAAGCUGACACCAAGUUUUUCUAUUAAAACUGGUCUGUUAUGCCAGAAUCUAGAAGUGAGAUCUUUUCACCAAAGGAACAACAGCAAUGCUCCUGUCAUUUUUGAUGCACUAGCAUUUCAGCUUCCUUUUCUUUGGCUUCAAGUCAUUGUCAGCAACUUAGCAUCUGUUCUCCUAGUGUUGUUUAGUGCCAUGUGGUGUUCCAGCAGCAGUGAUCCAGCAAGUCAGGCCAUGAUUUUAAAUGUCUCAGGACCCAAUUUUGCGUGCACACAAAUACAUUUGUUCAUAUGUAUAAUCUCAUUGAUCUCUAUGCAAGUUUGGACUUUUAAACUAUGUUCAGCACCCAGACUGCACUUGAAUGAUCAUUAAUAGUUAUUUUGUUAAUAGCAUUGGUUACAGUUAUUGUUAAUUCAUGUUAUUAAGGCUAAUGUUAAGUAUUUACAUUUGUUCAAACAGUACUGGAUAAGCUUUUAUUAGAAAUGUUAAUUAAGUCAAUACAAAUAAAAUAAAGCUCAAACUCUUCUUUCUGAGAUCCUAUCUGUAAUUGUAAAUAAAGUCUUCUAUGUUGGAUAAUAAGCCCUGGUGGUUUUCUUG